GCAGCCAGCAUGAGCAACUCCGGCAUGAACAUGAGGGGCAAGAUCAUCUUCUACGAGGACAGGAACUUCCAGGGUCGUUCCUAUGAGUGCAUGAGCGACUGCUCUGACAUGACCUCCUACCUGAGCAGGUGUCACUCUGCCAGGGUGGAGAGCGGCUGCUUCAUGGUCUACGACCGCCCCAACUACAUGGGAAACCAGUACCUGAUGAGGAGGGGCGAGUACGCCGACUACAUGAGCAUGAUGGGCAUGAGGGAGUGCAUCAGGUCUUGCCGUAUGAUCCCCAUGCACAGAGGCCAGUUCAGGAUGAGGAUCUACGAGAGGGAGAACUUCAGCGGUCAGAUGUCUGAGCUGAUGGACGACUGCGACAACAUCAUGGACCGUUACCGCAUGUCCGACUGCAUGUCUGCCAACGUGAUGGACGGCCACUGGCUGAUGUACGAGCAGCCCCACUUCAGAGGCAGGAUGAUGUACCUGAGGCCCGGAGAGUACAGGAGCUUCAGGGAGAUGGGAAUGAGCGGCAUGAGGUUCAUGAGCAUGAGGCGCAUCAUGGACUCCUGCAUGUAA